AGGAAGUGUGGGGUUUGGAUUAAAGAGACGAUCCACCCAGCCAGAACGGCAGGACCAGCCCACCUGCUACUUUCUUUUCAUUGUGCAACCUUGGUUGUAUACUGACAGAAUAACUUACUUUGUACCUUGAAGAGCAACAGAGGAGGGAUCCCUCUUCCAGGAUGAGAUACAAUAAAUGUUGUAUGUACAGAAUAGACCAAAACAACAAUAUGUACAAUAGAAUGAAUAGUAUAGGUAGACUGUAAACGUAUAUGAAGAAUAUGAAUCAGGGAGGACAUGGAGCAACUUCCAGGAGCCAGGACCAAGAAUGUCUGUACAAGAUUUUAUUUGUCCAUCCAUCCAUCCUUUGGUCCAGGUCCAAUCCAUGUGGACUAAAGUAGUGGACGGACAGACAUUACCAUCCAUAGAGCAACACUGCUAGUGUGUCUAAAGAGACAUUCAACAGCAGACAGGUUUUUGUAUUAGUCUCUCUCACUGUGGGAGGAGGUUGGUACUGGAUGUUUGGCUCUGGAACUAAACUGUAUGUAACAGAUGAGCAGAUAGUGAAGCCCGUGGUGAGCGUGUACCCAGCAGCAUCCAGAGCCCACCUGGAGGGGAAGAGCUCCCUGCUGUGUGUGGCCUCAGACAUGUUUCCUCCUCUGGUCCGGUUCUCCUGGAAAAGACAAAAGGACAAUGGUCCUCUGGAGAAGGUGACCUCUGCUGACAAAAAGCAGCUGAAGCUUAAAGAGUCGGGAUGUACAGCCACCAUCUUGCAGAUCCCUCAGCGAGAGAGCAGCACAUAUAAAUACCGCUGCUUCGUCCAUCACGAGGGGGAGACAGUGGAGGCCCAAAUAAAACAAGAGGUUUCUACUCUUCCGCCACCUACAACUUCACCAUCACCUCCACCGUCACUUCCACCAUCACUGCCACCAUCACUUAUUCCAUCGUCUCCAACAUCACCUCCACCAUCACUUAUUCCAGCGCCUCCAGCUUCUGCCCCGUCUCAGUACCAGGUGAAGCUGCUCUGUCUGAUGUACACAGUGCUGAUAGUGAAGAGUCUGGUGUACUGCUGUGGACUCUCUCUGCUGAUGAUCCUCAGAAACAAGGGACCGUCCACCAACUGCACACAUGCUGACUGACUGUUUUCUGCUCUCCUUUUCUCUCCGUUAAAUCCCAUCAAUUCAUCUCAUUUAUCACUUUGAUCAGCAGCCAGAAAUAUCAAUUUAGAUUUUAAUUGGGAAACCAAUCUUUUUAUAAACAGGUUUGAUAAAGUGCCCCAAAAAAUCUAAAUACAUACACAUACACAUACAUAUUUGCAGUUAGUGAGUGUAAAUUAUGUGCUACUUUAGCAUUAGCUUAGUUUAGUUUAGCUCUAGUUUAUUUCCACUUUUUUAAUUGUGACUCGUAUAAUCAUAGAAAAGCUGAAUCAUUAUCUGUCUGCUAGAUAUUUACUGUUUAUAAUUUCUAUGUUCUUAUUUUCUGUUUUUGUAUUUGUGAAUUUCAGUUUGGCUUCAUAGCAAAAAUUUAGAAACACAAUCAGUGUCAUUGGCUUUAGUGCUGAGGCCCUUUUAUAAUUGUGUCAGUGUGGAUGUAAAACUCUACGCUGAUGACACUGUUAUUUCCACACAUGAACAAACAGCAGAGCGAGCUGCUUUGAAGCUACAACUGCUAUAAAAUGAUGAUACAGUGGCUUGAUCAGUUGGACUGAAGUUUGAAUGUUGGCUAAAUGAUGGUUGUGUUUAUUUUUGACAAACCAAUAAAAUGCGACUUAAUUCUAA